GAACCAGGGGACAACAGGGAUGAUCCAUGUUAGCUUGUAGUACCUCAGGGUGGCAGACAUGGCUGGACCCCUUGGCAAGGCAUUUUUGCGCUGACGUCUUUCAUCGAAUACCAAGAUUAGUGAGAUCAUGGACAUGUACGCCAGGGCUCAGGGCAAUCGCAUGAAAUCAAGAAUAUCUGUUGAAAAGAGUUUUGGUGAAGGUAUCCUGCACUCUAUGAAGUCGCUGCUGCACAGCAGGAAAGAGUUGUGCAAUGUAUCAGCAGAGGAAUGCUUGAAUCAGGAAGAACAAGAUAAUUUUAUUGAGAUGACAUUUAUAGGUUUUGCGGAAGAGAUGGGUGCUGCUCGCUUGCAGGAGUUGUCAGCUGUUUCUGUAGAGCUUCCAGAUGUUCUGAAAUCGCUCCACUUGCACAAACUAAAAGAAAAUGAGGCUGUAUUUCUAAAAGACUUAAAGAAAACCUUGGCAAAACCUCAUGUUGUGAAACACCAGAAUCAGCUUCCUGAAGUGUUUUGUGUGAUGAGAUUGUCUCCAUCAUUCCCAAGGAUCAAAGUUGAUUAUAUAUUUACCUUGCUAAGCAAGUAUACCACAGGCAUAAGAUAUGCAGUGGAAAUAAACUCUUCACAAAAACAUCAAACAGAGACAACCCGUGGUGAAGAUGAUGACACUAAUCAGUCAGUUUCUUCAAUUGAGGAUGAUUUUGUCACUGCUUUUGAACACUUAGAUGAAGAUGAACCUUCAAAGAUACUAAGUGCUGGUACAUGCAGCUUUACUUCUCAAAACCAUCGAGAUGCUGCUUCCCAGACCAUCCCUGCUCAAUGUUUAGAAGCUGUUGACUCAAAGAUUCUUGUGUGUUCUGCACGUCGGAAAUCAUCUGCCAGAUCUUCUACUUUGAUUGAUAUUUUGGGACUUAAGGAGCUGCCCUCAGUAAAGAAUUCAGUUACAACCUCAAUUUCUGAUCCUUGGAUACAAAGGAGUUUCUAUAAGCCAUAUAAUCCUUCUGAUCAAGGUGUUAAUUUUUUGCGUAAAACAUUCUUUUCUUCCUCUCCAGCUGAAUCCUCUGAGUCAGACUGCUCCAGCCCAAGCCCCAUCAUCUUCUUAGAUGAAGAAGGGUAUCAAAAAAGCUUGAAGGCAAAACUUCAGCUGCCAAAAAUUCCGGUAGUAAAAGAUGGUAUAGAGGAUUCAGACUCAGAAGUGAGUGAAUUUUUUGAUAGUUUUGAUCAGUUUGAUGAGCUGGAGCAAGCCUUGGAAAACACUUGUAAAAUUAUUAGGGAUCCUAUCCUAGGGAAUCCUGCCCAGAAAAGGAGGACUGCACAUGAAAAAUUGUCUUCUGCAAGCAUUACAAUGAAUCCUCAGAAAUUCAAGUUUGAUCGUCCCACUCUCCCAGCCAAUGUAAAGAAACCAACUCCUCGUAAGCCAGAAUCACCGUACAGCAGCAUCUUCGAAGUCCCGGAUUCCCCUCGCCCGGUUAAAACAUCGGGGGAAGAGAAUGGAGGCUUCUUCAGCCCCAUCAGAACAUCGGCCUUCAGCCCCCUGGGCAGCUGCGGUUCUUCCGAAUGUCUGUGUCGAAUUAACCCUGGUGGAGAGGGGACAGGUCAAAGUCACCGUGAUGCAGCUUAUAACAGUUACUCAGCAUAUGCUGACAGUGUUUCAUGUGAAAUCCUGGGUUCUGUUUUUUUUUCUGAGUCCUCAUCAGAACAAAUGUGUGCAGGGAAUGAUUCAAAGCACAAAAGGGUUCCUUCGAAAGUGAAGAAGAGGCAAGCAGCAGAUCUCAAAAUGAAAGCUAGUAAGGAACCAGAGAAGCAAGCAAAAUCUAAACAUAAGUCACUAAUGAUAAGAGAUAGCAUUCAGAAAUUUGCAACUGAAUUGGUUGAAAAAAGUUUUGGCAGUGCAUUUAAAGACCUCCAAAAAGGUGUUUCUUCAUGCACGAAUGCGCUUUGCCAUUUGGCUGCUAGGUUGACUUCAUCAGUCUUUCAAAUGGCUUUUUAUGAGAUUGGAAGGCGUAGAGCAAUCUCACUGAAGGAGCGUGCCAUUAAUGGCAUAGCAAACUUUUUGGUGAGUGAAGCUAUAACUGGUGCUUUGAAAGAAUUGCGUCAGGUAAAGAAACAAAUAUUUACCAACACCGUUGCACGGUUUGCAGCAGACCUUGCUGAAGAACUUGUGUUUGAAGGAAUCAUGGAAGUAUGCCAGUUUUCAUAUCCAUCAACACCUACUGCACAGCCCUCAUCAUUUGAUUAUGAAAACAAAGUGGUAAGAUCCUAUGCCCGAGAUUUGUCUGAAUCUGUCAUUCAGGAGGCAUUUAUUGAACUAUCUCAGGUUGAUGUGACCUUCACAACGCAAGCAGCCAUUAGUGUUUCCAUGGACAAUAUCAAAUAUGUAAGUGCAGAAAGUAUGUUAGAGUCAACACAGACUUCCACAGUUUCUCCUAAUUUUAAUGAUAGGGUAGCACUAAAGCCAAUCCAAGACUCCAAGAACGAAUAUACAGUACAGAAAGCUCUGUUUUGUGCCUCCGGUGUUGUGAGUUCAAUACCUAUGCCCUUAGCUGGAAGAGCUCUUUGUCAACAACAGGUUUCCUCUGAUGCUUACAAAGCGAAAGUAUCCCCUGUUCCAAAUGCUGAUGACAGCACGAAAGUAUUCAAAGAUUCCACUCAUCCAUUUUUCACAAGCAGAACGAGAGAGGAGGAAGUUGCUUCUUUCAGAAAUAUUUAUCUGACUUCGGAUCGCAGUCAAAGUACUGAAAAUACUCCACCACUCUUUUGUAACCAGAAUGAUACCAAACUAACUAAUAACAGAUCUGGAAUGAACAAUAAUUCAGAAUUAACAAGUGGGUCAAAAGGCAUUAAUACUUUCUCUGGAACUAUGGUAGAUAUGAUAGUAAAUGAAGCUUAUGAAACCAUAACCUCAUCUAGAGUAACAAAAGCAGUAGAAGAGUAUUCAGAUUUUUUAACAAGAAAAGUAAUAGAUAAAAAACCUUAUGUGCAAGGAACUGGUGAAGACUCCCCCAAGAGCAUGUUUGCAGAUCAUUUGGCCAAGUAUGUCAUAAAACAAUCUGUGGAAGAAAGUAAAACUGUGUUAUGCAACACCAGUGAGAAUUUAACAUGUAAUGUGAACUCACAGACUUACAGAGAUAUCAAUCGAAAAGAACAAUGUGUGAUAAAGAAACAAGAAGCUGAGAAACAAAGUAAUGCUUCUAUAAUUGUGGAACAACAACAGUUGCCUUUGAAUAAUCCAUGUAAAUUUCUUACUCCAACUCAUUCUGUUCGGUGUGUUUUAGAAUCUAAAGAUUGUUGGCAGGAACAAAAAGGAAACAAAUUCUCUUCGAAAUCACCACCGCCUUGUUCCACUGUGACUUUUGCUAGGCAUGUUCUAGAGGACUGUACUGACACAGGAAGCUGUUCAAUAACAUGCUUAAACAAGCCUUCCAAAAAAAGCGAUACCCGGAAACUAUCAGCAGGAGCUUUGAAUUACAGGCAGACUGAUUGUUUUCUGCAUGCAAACAGCUUUUCUUCAGAGUUGUUUGGCAGUGAAAGUACUUUGCAGAUGGAAGAAAAAUCAAGCUUGAAACAUGGAAAUACCUGUUUAGUGCCUGAUACACCCCCACCAACUCCUCUAGUACCAUGUCAAAGUAGUUCUGAAAGGAACCUAAGAAAACUGUCCAAAAAACUCAAGGGAGAAUUAGCAAAGGAAUUUGCACCUGCGACACCGCCUUCUACACCCUACUAUCCAUCCAUUACCGGUUCAUCUGAAACUGAACCCGACUCUUUGGAAAAUGAGGAAUUUAUGCUGAAACUCAUGCGGUCGCUUUCUGAAGAAGUGGAAAGUAGUGAAGAUGAAGAUCAUUCUGGAAUGCCUGUUGAGAAAGAGGAGCAUACAGCAAAAACAAUUCAGUAUGCAGAUUGCCUAGCUAGCAACAUAAUUUCAGUAGCGACUGAAAUGGCUGCUUCCCACUUAGGUGGUAAAACAAAUGAAAGAGAAGCUGGCAGGCCAGCUCAGUUAGGGAUGCAAAAGAAAAGAUGUGGAUAUACUGCAUUUGUAAAUAUCCCAGAAGAGACAUGUAAUUCCUUGUGGAAUUAUGCAGGUGAUAUGGCAGGAAAAGUCAUCAAUGAGGCCAAGAAAGUAGUGAAAUCAAGGCAUUGCAAGCUGUUGAGGUUGAAGCGGGUUAACUGCCAGGUGGAUUGCUUUUAUGUGAGAAGAGGCGAUAAAGAUGGCAGUUCAAAAGAAUGGUGUGGUGGUCCAGUACAGGACCAGUGGCUGGGGGAGAGAGAUUCAUCUGGGCUUCCUUUACCACAAGGUUCAGGCAUGACAGGUUUGACUUCCAAGUACCCGAGCUGUGAAAGUGUGACUGACGAGUACGCAGAUCAUGUUAUCCGUGUUCUGAGAAGGGAAGGAGGGAACGCUGAGCUGUUAGUGGAUCAGUAUGCCAGCAGACUUGCUUACAGGUCCAUCAAGUCAGGCUUGCAGCAAGCUGCUAGAAAAGCCAAAUUCAGAUACAGCAGAAAGACAUUUCCUGGGCAAAGUGCACAGGUAAAUGGGAAGCUGGAGCUGAUCACAGCGGGAAGUAAAGAUGCAGUACAGCAAGUGAAAAGCAGCAUUCAUCACUGCGAAGGUCAAAUGCUGGAGAGGAGUGUCUGCACACAGAGAACAGAAUGUACGGAGUUGUUACAUUUUUCCGAAUCCCUUGCUCACAGCAUCACUUGUGAUGUCAGGAAGAAGCUGAAAUUGUCGGGAACAUGUUUGCCAAAGUCUCUAACAGAUUCCUGUCUAUAUAAAAAGACUGAAUUUGAUGAAGUCACAGGGGAUCUCAUUAAAACAAGGUUUUCUAGAACAUUUCUUCCUUUCUCCCCAGAUCAUAAACUCUAUCAUAGUACAGGUAAUAUAAAUGACAAUGGCUACAGUGAAGGCAUAAUUCAAGCUAUAGAACAAUAUGCUAGGAAAGUAGCAGAUGAUACUCUAGAAAUGAGUUUAGAGUCAGCUGUUCUCCAUGUGGCUGAAAACAGAAAAAAUGGGGAUAAGCUCUCGUAUACUGAGAAACUGUCUCCUUUUUCUGGAACUGUCUGUAGAUGCUGCAGUGUGAAGGAACAUCGGUACUGUACAGAGAGCAUGUCCCAUGAUCUACCUGCACAAGAAUCCUGCAUUCCAGUGAGGAAUUUUCUUCAUUCUGGAUUGGGUGGUGCCUGUCAAAAUUCAAGAGUGUUUCAGCUCGAUAUUCCCAAAAUUCACGUUGAUGUAGAACAGAGGACAGUGUUUUCUGACAAGGGGGCUACUGCGGCCGUAGAGAAAGCAGAAAGAGAGCUGAGUUACACAAGUCUGACAGCUGACAGUGGUAUUGGACAAGAUGGAGUCAGUUUUGCUGAAAGCCUUACUACUGAAAUAAUGACAUCAGCUAUGACUAAUAUUGGUCAGGCAGUUACCACAAGCUCUGUUGGAAGAGAAGGAUUUCACUCUGUUGAAUCUGUUGUUAGCCAGCAGAUGAGUCUUAGUAUUGGUGAUGAUAGCACUGGGAGUUGGUCCAAUCUAAGUUUUGAAGAUGAACAUCCUGAUGAGAACAGCAGUUUUCUUCACCUAAGUGACAGUAAUGGUAACAGCAGUAGCUGGAGCAGUCUUGGUUUAGAAGGGGAUGUGUAUGAGGAGAAUUUAUCCUUUCCAACAUCAGACAGUGAUGGAACAGAAGAUAAAGAUGACGAUUCCAAGGAUGCUGUAGAAGGUUUGGAGCAAAUGCGGAAGACUUUAUCAAUAAUGAAUAUUGACCUGGAACCAAAUCUAGUAGACCUGCAGCUCAGAGCAGCACUUCAGUGGCUGGCAGCUUCUGAAACAGAGGUGUCUGACCUUCACUUUCGUGACACUGCUGCAAGGGAAUUUGUCUUUCUUUCCAGAAGACUGAAAGAAAGGGACUGGAAAGUUGGAGAUCUCUUGCAAGCAGUGCUGAAAUAUUGUGAAAUGAUAGAAACAGCCUCUGAUGGAGAGCAAGCUCUAAGUAAAUCUUUGGUCGGCUGGCUUCUGGAAAAUGUCUGAAAAAUCCAAAGAUACAACACUCUUCACUCCAUUCCUCUUCUGAAAGGAGAUAGAAGGAACACAGAUGUGUGAAGUAAAAUUCAACUAGUGAAUGUUUAAGUAAUAGUCAGCAUUAAAAGACUUUGAGGUGAAAGUCAAAAUAGCUGUGCUGUGCUUUGUGAUACUGUGCACAUGGUAUUUUUAUUCAGUCCAUAAUCGGUGUUGUCCACCCACACAUAAAUUGUAUUUACUGCUGUGUUCAUACCACUGAGAUAUUUAUGAAUAGCCCUCAUCUACAAUCGUAGUCCACGGGAGACAGUCUCAGACAUGAUGUUCAGGAUUCCCCUUGUGUCAGGAUAGCUCUUUCUCCCACUCCUGUGUGCUGUAUUCACAGCAGGACUAAGAACACUGAUUUCAGCAAGAAUCUGCUCUGGAAUGCCUUGCUGCAGACAGUGGAAAAACUGUUCAUCUUGGCCAGGUGUUAUGUGCCCAAGAGCAGCAUUGCCAGAAAGAAAAUUGUGACCUGCCUGAACAGCCCCUUAAUACAGUCUGGCUUCAUAACCACCUUACCAGUUUUAACUUUAUGUGAAGGUGGGAGAGUCUGCUCUGAAAUUGCUGAGGUGCAAACGCAUGAAACUGUUGCCUCCUGUAGAGCUGGUAACUUCUGGUAGAAGGGCAGAGUGAGAAGUUGAGCAUAAUUUCAUAUGUAAUUCUUCAGCAAGGUUUCCUGAAGCUUGCCAAUCAGAUUUAAAUUACUAAAAUUUUUGGUGAGGCUUUUUGUAUACAGGUACUUCUGACAGUAGCUCUGUGUCGAAGAAUUUGUACAUUAGUCUCAUGAAGAUGUGUUAAAAAUAGAAGAUAGAAAUUUCUGAGUAUUUCAGCCAUCUUUUUGAAUAGUUUUAGUUCUUUAUUUCAAAGCAGCCACAUACAAAUUUUCUUUUCAUGAAUAAAGAUAAUUUUGUUACUCAGCAUGGAAGUGUUUAGCAAAGAAAGCUGAUAAAAAUGGGAAGGGGAAACUUCUUGGGCAAAUUGAUAUUUCAUUUUGUUAACUGCCUUCACUGAAUUUUUUUUAAAGGCACUUUUAAUUCAAUACUUUUAACAGUCUUGUCAGUUUUAUCACCAAUGCUCCUGAUUUGCCUUUCUGUCUGAACAGAAAUCUGGACCUUCACCUAUCAUGUGGUUUGAAAAUGUUUUUUUGGAUUUGUUUUUUUUUUUAUAUAUAUCCUUUGAGAGAAAAAGGCACUGGUGAUUACCAGGUUCCCACUUAAAACUUGGCAAAUAAUCAUAGAGCGUUACUGAUUUUGGAUGAACAAAAAAUCUUAAUAGCUUUUUCUCAGAAAAAUAUGCUGUUGAUAUGGUGCACAGUUUUGUGAUCCCAAACAAGGAGAGAUAUGAUCCCCAAAUCUAUUCUUGAGUUUUAAUGGCAUAUGUACAAUUCUGAUUUCCCCUACCCCAUGAAUUGCUGUGAAGUGUCACACUGGCAAACUCAAGAGCGCUCUUCUUGCAGUGUCUUUGUGUUUCAGGAGAGCAUUCCACUGGCCUUUUUGCAGAGACAUGGUUGGUUUUAGUCCUGUUUUGUCAUCUGGAUUUCUGCCUUGGAUCUCACAAAGUUCACCUUUGUCACAGAGCCAAAGAUUUUUCAUGUUUUUUUAUAUGUACCUACAUGUGUUCACACAUGUGAAUACACGCAGAUAUAUUUAUCUAUAUGUGCAUGAGAUCUCACUGCUCUGAACUCCUGGUGCAAACUUCUAUCACUAAAUUAAAAUUCUGUUAUGCUCAGUUUAUUUCCUCACUAUGUGACAAAAUGGCCAAAACCACUUCAAGGUCUUUUGUAUUGUUAUAGGUAAUAUAAUCCAGACAUCAGGACAUCAGAGCCCAAAGCAUGUCAUGGGAAGUUAUUUAAUUCCUAAAUUUGGAAGAUAGUUCUAGUAGCAAAUAAUUUUUAAGAAUUGUACAAAGAUUGUCUGGAUUUUUUUCUUCCUCUCCCAAAUGCAGUCAUUUUCAUUUUUUUUUUUUUAAGGUUGAUUUUCUACAUUGUUUUAGACAAAAAUUUGAAAUAAUAUUUCUGGUUAUUAUAUACCUUUCUCUUAACACAGCAAUAAUAUACUUGUACAAAUUUAUCUAUAAAAUUGAAAUGUCAAGGGAAUAAAAUGCUAAAAGCAGUGCCUCAUGACUAAAUUCUGCUCACCAAUUGGAAUUUCAGGGCAUGAGGAUACAGUACAGUAUAGUAAAGUGUUUCUGUACAGCGAGAAAAAUAUUGAAGGUAUUGCAAAUGUAAAAAACCGUACAUUUAAAAAACCUACAACACAACCAACAAAAAACACUGCAGGAACAGCCAUUUUAAAAUUCGUUUAUUCAGAAUGAUGGAUUUUAUAAAGUUGGUGAAGUGCUUUUUCUUUUAAUUUUCUUUUUUGGAGAAAGGCAGAAGAUCAUGCUAUUCACAAAGCUUACAACUAUUCAGAAAGUUAACUGGACAACAGUUUUACUGAAAAUUAUCUUUAUAAAUGGAAUCCUGUUUUCAGACUGGAUCAAAUAUGUUGUGUAACUAUUGACUGGUGUUACAUUAAGGAAGAAAUGGUUUUAUUAGCCUCUGAGGAAAGUAGCAUAGUUUCCAAAUUUUCAUGAGAAAAAUGUUAUAAAAUACUUCAUUUUUACUGAAAACAAGCAAAAAAUCCAAGCCAGUUUUCUACGCAAAUAGUUUUAAAUUUGUUCUGAAUGACUUGACUUUUCUCCUUCUGUAUGAAGUUAAAAAACAUGCCUGGAAAAAUUAUUACAAUUGAAUAAUUUUAAUAAUCUUUGAAAACCUUGCUCUGUCUGUAUCUAACUGGUGCUCAUUGCCAUAUUAGUGGGAAAGCUGUUCCUUGCUAAUGCAAGUCUUAAAUUACACUUUUACUGAGUUUGUUUAAAACUCCUGACCACAAAUACAGAAACGUAAGUGAAAGCUGUAAAAACAUGAAAGGCCACAUUCUGGUCCCUUUAAAGCAGACAACUCUGCUUUAUAAACAAACAUUAUAAGGUAGAGUUUGUUUCAUCUUGCAUUUUUUCUGUAUGUGGAACCCUGCUAAUUUAAUUUUUAUGUUGAGAAAAAUAUAUCCUAGAAUGUUAUUGUUUCAGAAAUCACCCAAACACUUCAUAAAUACCUUUGGUGUUCUAAAGAAUGGAAGUGUUGUGAUAUUUUGUAAGAUUCUGUAGAAAAAGCACUUUGAGAAAUAGUCCGUCUAUAAAGUAAGUUAGAAGUGACCAUUUUUAAAACUAGUUUAAACAUUCAGAAUGGGGUACAUAAAUAAUAUAAAGUAUGCAUAAAGCCUUAAAAUAAAAAUCUAACUAAACUCAAACCCAUGAUCUAAAAUUAAAGAGGAUUUGCUGUCUCAAAACAAGGAUGUGAAAAGGCAGCUCAGAUGAUGUACAUGAAUGCAAUUUCUGUAUAAUCUUUGUUUUUGAGUUUUACAAGAUUGUUUAAGCUUUUUAGAAAAAAGCCAACCAAAACCCAGAAACGCACAUUCCAAGACUCAUUAGGUCUCUCAAAAAUGGUAUCAGAUUUUAAAUGUUAGUUUUCUAAUGUAACUUUGUCUGGGACCUUUUCUAUGAAGAGAGACAAAUUGUUGGAGAUGGGAACACAGUGAGUAGUAAACACCAGCGCAAACCCCUGUAGUUCUAGACUGUCAACUUGCAAAGAAAAAUAUUUCAGAUUCAGGAUUCAGGAGUGAUUUUUAUUGUAAGAAGUUUGGCUUUUCAGCAAGAGCCACUACUGUCAAGCAUUUACUGUACUUGAGCUCUGAAGAGGCAGGUACAGAGCCCAGCCACUGUAGUCACUUUAUUUUGUACCAUCUUUGUACAUUCCUGUUGUAUAGCUGGUGUUGUAGUUUUAGAGGGCCUUUGUUCUAAUGUCUGAACAGUAUUUAAUGAUAAAAUUUAUUAUAAUUUGCUGGAACUGCUGCUUAUUUGUGCAGUGUUACAGUAAUUCACAGCCCAGUUAGUGAUGCAAUUGUAUACCAAAAGCAGUUUGAAUAACUAAAUGUUUAUGUAACUGUACUCAAUGAAUAUGAAGGUCUUGUACUGUAUAAUGGUGACAAGUUUUGCCAUUUUAGUAAUUUAACUAUAUUCAGUUUUCAGAUUAUGAACUCCAGGUUGCACUAAAUUUGUCCUUGUUUUAGCAGUGGCUUAAAAUAAAACACAUUUC